CUUGCCCACAUUUCUUUUUCUAUCUUUUGUUGGUACUUUAUUUUCUUCGGUGGUUGGAAUAUGAAAGCUACAAAGAAGAAUCCCACCGACGAUUACCUAUCCCUCCAUUACUUUCCCUCUUUUUUUAUGUCCUCCAAAACCCACCACAAUUAAAGUUUCAUUGUGUUAGAUAGCUAGAGAUCAUGGGAAACUGUAUCUUUGGAGGCUUGGGAGAUGUUGAUGGUGGUGUAAUCAAAGUGGUCACUUCCAAUGGAGGCAUCAUGGAGUUUUAUGCACCAAUUACUGUAGGUUCCAUCACCAAUGAGUUUCCAAGCCAUGGCAUAUUUAGAAGUCAUGAUCUUUUCUGGAAACCACUCUCUCACCAUGAAGAACUUGUGGCAGGACAGUCAUACUAUCUACUCCCACUCAAUGCAACAACAGACACACAACAACAAGGCCAGAUUGUUCGACAAGGUCACAUUCGAUCUAAUAGUAUACCAGCAUCGUUGGUUGCACCAUAUAGGAUGUCAUUUGAUUACCAAGGUGCGCUAAAGAGGUCAUACACUGAAGUUUUCUCUAGGUACAAUCAUGGUAGGUUUUGGAAAGUGAAGCUUGUGAUAAGCCCUGAGCAAUUGUUAGAGAUAUUGUCACAAGAGGCUCGUACCCAAGAGUUGAUAGAGAGUGUGAGGACCGUGGCAAAGUGUGGUAGUGCAGUGUCUUCUGUGGAGUUUUCAGAUCAAUGGAGCCUCUCGAGCAGUCGAAAUGCUUCCUCUAAGAAAGAUGGUUUAUUAGACUUCUAGUGGAAAUUACUUCUUCUUCUUCUUCUUCUUCUUUUUAUUAUUUAAAUUUCUGAGAGAUGAAAAUUAGCUUUUGUAUGUCAUGUCUUCACUGUAUUGUAUUUAUGCGCGCAGGGUAAUGUGAUGUAGACUUCUUCGGAUUUUCCAUUUGAAA